AUGGCUUCAGCAGUGUUUUAUAGUUCAGUGCAGCCUUCGAUUUUCUCAAGAACCCACAUCCCAAUUCCAAUUUCGAAAGACUCCUUUGAAGAGUUCGGCCACUCUAUCAACUAUAAGCACUACUUCAGAAGCAACCCAUGUGGGCAAAAGAAGAGGGUGGCACAGGUCAAAGCUACUUUGGCUGAAGCCACACCAGCGCCGCCGGCGCCGUCGCUGCCGAGUAAGAAGGUUCGGAUACUUGUGGCCGGAGGUGGGAUUGGUGGGCUGGUUUUGGCGCUGGCAGCGAAGAAGAAGGGUUUUGAUGUGGUGGUGUUUGAGAAAGACAUGAGUGCAAUUAGGGGAGAGGGUCAGUACAGGGGUCCAAUUCAGAUACAGAGUAAUGCAUUGGCGGCUUUGGAAGCUGUUGAUAUGGAGGUUGCUGAGGAGGUUAUGAGGGCUGGCUGCAUCACUGGUGACCGGAUUAAUGGGCUGGUUGAUGGGGUUUCUGGUGAUUGGUAUGUCAAGUUUGAUACAUUCACUCCUGCGGCAGAACGGGGGCUUCCUGUCACCAGAGUUAUUAGCCGAAUGACUUUGCAGCAAAUCCUGGCUCGUGCAGUAGGGGAAGAUAUCAUUAUGAAUGGCAGUAAUGUUGUUGAUUUUGAAGAUGAUGGAAAUAAGGUUACUGUCAUCCUUGAGAAUGGACAACGUUAUGAAGGUGAUCUUCUUAUCGGUGCUGAUGGAAUAUGGUCAAAGGUGAGAAAGAGUUUGUUUGGGCCUAAGGAAGCCACAUACUCAGGCUACACUUGCUACACUGGCAUUGCAGAUUUUGUGCCUGCUGAUAUUGACUCUGUUGGGUACCGGGUAUUUUUGGGACACAAACAAUACUUCGUGUCUUCAGAUGUGGGUGCAGGAAAAAUGCAGUGGUAUGCAUUUUACAAUGAACCAGCUGGUGGUGUUGAUGGUCCUGAAGGUAAGAAGGAAAGGUUGCUUAAAAUAUUUGGUGGCUGGUGUGAUAAUGUAAUUGAUCUCAUACUUGCCACGGAUGAAGAAGCAAUUCUUCGACGUGACAUAUAUGACCGGACACCCACCUUUACUUGGGGAAGGGGCCGUGUAACCUUGCUUGGGGAUUCAGUCCAUGCCAUGCAACCAAAUAUGGGUCAAGGGGGAUGCAUGGCGAUUGAGGAUAGCUAUCAGCUUGCAAUGGAACUUGAUAAAGCCUGGGAACAAAGCAUCAAAUCAGGGACUCCUAUUGAUGUUGUUUCUUGCCUAAAGAGCUAUGAGAAGGCUAGAAGAAUACGAGUUGCCGUUAUCCAUGGAAUGGCAAGAAUGGCUGCAAUUAUGGCUUCAACUUACAAGGCUUAUUUGGGUGUAGGACUUGGUCCAUUGUCGUUUUUGACAAAACUCAGGAUCCCACAUCCUGGGAGAGUUGGUGGGAGAUUUUUUAUUGACAUAGCAAUGCCUUUAAUGCUGAGUUGGGUCCUAGGUGGUAACAGUUCAAAACUUGAAGGGAGGCCACCAUCUUGCAGACUCUCAGAUAAAGCAAGUGAUCAAUUACGGAGAUGGUUUGAAGAUGAUGAUGCUCUGGAGCGUGCUAUUGGUGGAGAGUGGUUCCUUUUGCCAUCAGGAGAGAGUGGAUUACAACCUAUUUGUUUGAGUAAGGAUGAGAACAAACCCUGCAUAAUCGGGAGUGUGUCCCAUACGGAUUUUCCUGGAAUAUCAACAGUCAUACCUUCACCCAAGGUUUCCAAAAUGCACGCUCGAAUUAGUUGUAAGGAUGGUGCCUUUUUCCUAACCGAUUUGCAGAGUGAACAUGGUACCUGGAUCACUGAUAAUGUGGGGAGGCGGCAACGGGUGUCUCCAAAUUUUCCUACUCGAUUCCAUCCAUCAGAAGUGAUUGAUUUUGGUUCUGAAAAGGCUUCAUUUCGAGUCAAGGUGGUGAGGACUCCCCCAGACAAUGCAGCUAAGAACGAAGAGAGCAAGCUCUUCCAGGCGGUUUGA